AUGAUGCUCUGGUUACUUUUCUUAUCAUUUGUACUUCAUGUAUCAUGUCAAGAGUUUGAUUCAAGUACUGGUCAGAUACAAUAUUUUAUUCUGAAUGCCAGUAUUGAUAUACAAGGGCCGGUUAUGCUGCCAUUGGAUCAUUCUUCUUCCUUUUCAUUAACCUGUACAUUGACAUUAGCUCCUGAAGUGAAUGUUACUGUGGUGAAAAUGUUCUGGGCAAGUCCUGAUCUCAUUCUAUUCAAUUCUACAACUGAUGGAGGCAUAGUUUUAGAUGCUUUAGAGCCUACAAUGAUAUCAGUUAAUGAUAGUGUUGUAUAUACACUUACUCUUAACUUCAGUUCAUUACAAGCAUCUCAAGUUGGAGAAUAUGUUUGUGAAGCUUUAUUGAAUGAUAGUAUUGUUGAUACUGUUUUUACUCAAACAUCAAAUUAUUCUGUGUCUAUACAAGUACCUACCCCUCUGGUCACAUCUAGUCUUAAUUCAACAAGACAUAUUUUUGAGAGCAGUGACAUUCAGUUAUUAUGUAUUGUCACUAUUACUCCACUGAAUGUUGAUCAUAUUGUGAACAUUAACUGGUUUGGGCCUAAUGGACUCAUUACAAUGAAUGAUACUCGGCAUGAUAUUAGUACUGAGAUGAUCAACUCAAAUAAUUAUGAAAGUAGUUUAACAUUUAAAACAUUUCUAUCAGAUAAUGGAACUGAUUACUAUUGUACUGCUAGUGUUGGACCUGCUAGUAAUGUGAAUGAGUUUGAACUGAUUAUACCAUCAGAUGCUGCUACAUCGACUAGUACUACUGUUAUUGUGGAAAAUGUACCACUACCAUUGGUAAACAUAACAGAUGUCGGUGUCCCAGUAACAGGAGAUUCAUUCCAAUUAGUGUGUACUGGAACUGCACCAGCUAAUGUAUCAAGUAUUGCUACUGUUAGUGUUCAAUGGGUUCUUAAUGGUACUGUGUUUACUAAUGAUACACUGGAAGGAGUCACUGUUACCAAUAGUGGGUCUAUGGCAACAUUAUCAUUCAGUUCUCUUAAUGCUUCUACUCAUGAAAAAAAUAAUUAUACUUGUGUAGCAACUCUUAGCAUUUCUGAUGCACCAGCAACUAAAACAGAAAGGAUUAUGCACAACUUACAGAUAUUAACUAAUCCUAUCGUGUCUAUAUUCUCAAGUCAACCUGUUUUUGCUGGUCAAUUGUAUGUAUUAAAUUGCACUGUCACAUUUGUAGCUGGAGAUUUCGACCUAAAUAUAAUGUGGCUUAAUGGCAAUGGAAAUAAGCUCAAAGAACAAAAUGGAAUAAGUUUUAAUUUAGUUAAUGUUUCUGAUACUGUGAAAAGAUAUGAUUAUAUAUUUAAUUCACUUAGCUAUUCAGAUAUUGGAGUAUACACAUGUUAUGCUAUUCUUAAUGUUGAUAUAGAAAACAAUGAGCCAUUAGAUGGAAAUGGAUCUGCAACUGUCAGUGUAAUAAGUAAUUCCUUUACCACAAGUCUCUGUUUCUCCUGA